GGUUGGUCUACGUCAAUUAGAUAUGUCUCUCUUAUGUCAAUUAUGGUCUCUUAAUGAAUCAAUACACGAAUAUAAACAACUCAUUCAAGAUCGUAUGUCACUUAGUCUUUCUCCUAUACACCCUUCUUCCCCCGGUUGGGACAAUGGAAUUGAAUCACCUAGUAGUGAAGAACAAGGAGAAAUAAACAGUAAAUCAUUUGAAGGUGACAAUUCUAUGGUUAUGCCUUCAAAUGGAGAAAAUCAAACUGUUCAAUCUCGAAAACUUUCUUCCAUGGAUAGCACGUCUCAUUCUAGUUUAGAAUUCGGUGAUAUAUAACAAAGUU